GUCUAUCAUUCCUGUCAGUUUUCCGUCAAGUUGGUUGUGUAUUUUGCGUAUUUUGUUUUGGGAAAAUAAAUACAAAUGAAACGUAGUAGGUAAUAAAAAUGAACUAAACUACAUUAAACUUAUACCUUGAAAAUUCUUCCUUUAGUUGGAGUUUAUAAAAUUUGUAACAUAAUAUAUCUUCUCGCUCAAGUAAUUUCAAUAUAAGAAAUGUUUAAAAACGAUAGCUACAUGUGUCCUCAAAGAUUUUUCAGUAAUGAUGAUUUUCAAGAUGAAUUAAACAACUUGUUCAAUAAGAAAUUCCAGUUUCGUUUCCACAACGAUUGGAAAUUGCCUGAAAAGGAGUCGUGGUUUUCUACGCCACCAUGGAAAGUGAAGCAAUUAGAGAUUUUGAAAAAUCGAUUAAAUUUUCACAAGAGUCAGUUGAAUGAUUUUAAUAUUGAAGAGUGGAGUAGCCACACGCGGCGCAGGAAUCCCGCCGGCGAGGUCUGCUGGAGGCUGCGGUGCUUGAUCAAUCCAGAGUUUUUAACUCAAGCUUGGACUAAGUUUUACGAGUGUGCGUGCACGUACCGGAUUAUACCAGCGGAGGCGACGCUGGAGAGGAAGAUGGUGUCCCUGCACCUGUGUGAAGCACCGGGGGCAUUCAUCACCUCCCUGAACCACUACCUCAAGCUAAACCAUCAGAACAUAGAUUGGAAAUGGGUGGCCAAUACACUGAACCCAUAUUAUGAGGGCAACUCUCCAUCUAACAUGAUUAGUGAUGAUCGGUUCAUGUUCCACACACUGAACAACUGGGACUUUGGGGUGGACAACACUGGGAACCUCAUGGACUGGGAGAACUCUCAAGCUAUCAUCAGGAAGGCCAAGUCUUUGGGGAAGGUACUACUGGUGACAGCAGAUGGCUCCAUAGACUGCCUGCAGAAGCCUGAUGCACAGGAAGAAGUGACGUCACCCUUGCAUUACUGUGAGAUCAUCACUGCACUGCAGGCUCUCAGCACAGACGGCACACUAAUCUUUAAGCUGUUUACACUGUUUGAACAUUCAACAGUGAGCCUCCUGUACCUUGUGAACCAUCUGUUCAGUGAGGUGAACAUAUACAAGCCUGUCACCUCCAGGCAGGGCAACUCUGAGGUGUAUGCCAUCUGCCUCAAGUAUAAAGGUUCAGCAAGUCUAGAGGAGUUCCUGCCUACGUUAAAAUCAGCAUAUGGAUCCGAACAAUAUGGAAACUUGGCCCUCUUUCCUCUUGAGGCCAUCCCAGAAACUUUCCUCAAGCAAAUUGAAGAGUGUGCAUGCUACUUCUGCUCUAUACAGUGCCAAGUCAUUAAUAAUAACAUUCAAGCCUACCUCAUGCAGAAGAACAUUGCACUUCAUAGUGACAUCAAGAAAAUUCGAGGGAUAGUAGCUUCAGAGUUCAUCUGGCAAUAUGAUCUGAAACCUAUAGAUUACGAACAAGAGAUCAUGAAGGGAGCUCUUCAUGAGGAAAACAAAAUUAACAUGAAUCCCAGAUAUCACCGUGGGUCUUACACUGAGAGACAGCUCUACACUAAAAUGUCUCUCAGAGAGAAGUUGAACAAUUUGAAUUCAUUCCUCCAAGCUGAAGUGCUGUCAAACCCUAUGAUUUUAAUAAAUGAACCAGUGAAAUGGAUGUACUUUUACAAUGAGUAUACAGAACUAAAGUUACACUUCACAUAUGGAUGUCCUUUGGAGAAAAUAAAUAGCUCAAAGUUUAUAUUUGUACCUAUAUUUAAGUUAUAUCAACAGAUUUUAGCUGAAGAAGAGUUUAAGGAGAUUAUAUUUAGUAAAGAUGGAAAAAGUAUUGAUAACAAUAGAGACUAUGGACUGGAGAUAAAUAUGAGACUGUUGCUUCCCGAUUUUGAGCAUUCAGAGAGCUACCAUGUGUUUGAGAAAAGGUGCUUGAAGAUGCUGCUACAGAGUAUGCAGAAAUUGAGUCAAGGCCAGACACUGCUGGUGCAGAACAUCAACAUGGCAACACAUUUCAAUGUCAGUGUCAUAUACAUCAUAACAAAGAAGUGCUUUGAGAAGAUUGGAUUCACAUCUGAGAACACAAUUAUACUUAAGAACCUCAAGAACAAAUCUGCUCUAAAUUACUUAGAGCUUGUGGAUGCUGAAUGUGAUAAGAUGAAAAUUGAUGGCACUAAGGAUGUCUUGAACUCUCUGAAGGUCCAAACAACAAAUGUUGGUGACUUCUACAACAGCAUUAUAUUCUAUAACAACACAUUUUAUCGGAACAAAUGUCUGGAAUACCUCACUAAGAUUGAAAAAUUCGUUUAAAUUAUUAUGCAAUUUUAACUGUAUAACUUGUACUUGAAGACUAUUUUUUAAUAUUUUUUAUUGUUAUUGAUGUUCAUGCUCUGUAAAUGCUAUUUUACAAACAAUUAAAUAAAUCUUGAAUGUUGUAUGAA